AUGUCUCAUCGAUCUUGGACUCUCGGAGUGCUGGUCCUCCAGCUUGCUGUCGCCGCCGUGAAUGCAGCGUCGGCCGUCGAGAUCCUCUCGCAGGUCCCGUCGUGUGCUUCCGAGUGCAUCAGCAGCACAUUCAUCACGUCCGCCUGCGAUCCAGAAGACGUGACCGCGUGCAUCUGUCUCGACAUUGCUGUCCAAUCGGAGCUUUCGACAUGUGUGCAGACGAACUGCCCGUUUGACGAUCAACUGAGUUGGCCCCGCCGUUUCCUCUCUGGAAGCCCAUCUGACAUUCUGAAGCUGCAGCGACGGUAG